CGCGGCCAACCAUGAUCCGGGGCGUGGAAGCACCGAGGGUGGACCACCCGCCGCCGCCGCCCGUCAUCUUCUGCCACGACUCCCCGAAGCGGGUGUUGGUGUCAGUCAUCAGGACGACCCCGGUGAAGCCUGCGUGCGGCGGAGGGGAGCCGGAGCCGCCGCCGCCGCUCAUCCCCACCAGCCCGGGUUUCAGCGACUUCAUGGUGUACCCGUGGCGCUGGGGCGAGAACGCACACAACGUGACGCUCAGCCCGGGGGCCGCGGGCGGCGCCCCCUCCUCGGCUACCGUGCCCGGGGCCGCCGAGCACCCGGGGCUUCGCGGCCGGGGCGCGCCCCCGCCUGCCGCCUCGGGCGGGGAGGACGAGGAAGAGGCGAGCAGCCCGGACAGCGGCCACCUAAAGGAUGGAAUCCGACGUGGAAGACCCAGAGCAGACACGGUCCGGGAUUUAAUAAAUGAAGGAGAACAUUCGUCCAGCAGGAUCCGCUGUAACAUAUGCAAUAGGGUAUUUCCCAGAGAGAAAUCACUCCAGGCUCACAAAAGGACUCAUACAGGUGAGAGACCCUAUCUGUGUGACUACCCAGACUGUGGGAAAGCCUUUGUCCAGAGCGGACAGCUGAAAACACACCAGCGACUUCAUACCGGAGAGAAGCCUUUUGUUUGUUCAGAAAAUGGCUGCCUGAGCAGAUUCACCCAUGCAAACCGUCACUGUCCAAAGCACCCUUAUGCCAGGCUGAAGAGAGAGGAGCCCACGGACACCCUCAGCAAGCAUCAGGCUGCAGACAACAAGGCUGCUGCCGAGUGGCUGGCUAAGUACUGGGAAAUGAGAGAGCAGCGAACCCCCACCCUAAGAAGCAAGCUAGUUCAGAAGGCCGAUCAGGAGCAGCAAGACCCUCUGGAGUACCUUCAGUCUGACGAGGAGGAGGAUGAAAAGAGCGGUGCCCAGCGCCGGCUGCAGGAGCAGCGAGAGCGGCUGCAUGGGGCCCUGGCACUCAUUGAGCUGGCCAACCUGACUGGGGCUCCACUCCGCCAGUAGCCCACACACUGACUCUCCACUGUACAAAAGUUCUGCCCAGCGUCCUUACAAAGUAGAUCCUUGGGCAUAAGCUAAGCACCUUAUCUGCUUAUCAUAGGCUGCUAUUCUGUAGAAAUUCAUGAAGAAUGUCAUUGCCUCAGAAAAAUGGGGUGAGAGAGAAUUGCACUUUUUUAUAUGGAAAUGGAUUUGAUGUAAAGUUUAAAAUAUUUUGUAAAUAUGGACUGCAUAGUACAGGGUAGAAAACUACAUAUUGUGGGAAGCUAGAUUUUGCAAGUUUAAUGCAUUCAUUGGAAGCAGUUCUCACAGGAAGCACUUUGUGAAUAAGACACUUAUGUGAAAAAACAGAAUGGUACAAACAGCCAAAGAAGGUUGAAAGAGAAUAUUUAUAAGAUCAUUUUUAACGAUGUAUUUUAGUAUAACAAUACUGUAAACUGAAGCAUGAAAGAAAAGGAUAUAUGCAUAAGAUACAUACUUUUAAAUUGCAAAAUAGCUUUCCAGGUAAGGCUGACUAUUUGGAAAGGUGCAGUAAGUUAUGGACUUGGAAGAAAAGAUCUUGGUAAGAUAGACAAUAGUUCAGAAUUUUCAAAAUUGGAAUAAAAUCAGUCUUAUUCUAUCUUUCUGGGGCUUUAUAACUCACUGCAAUGUUUAGGUUUGAAAAAGCACUUGUCCUCCUUGGCAUGCUGACUUGGGAUCUUUUGCACACUUCACAUUGCUCAUUUGCUGAAACUGAGUGACUAAUCUUGCAAAGUCUAGGUAACAUGGUAAUUGGUGUAUAUGUGUAUAUAUGCCAAUUAUAUAUUAUGGGCCCUGUAAUGAAAUUUGGCACUUGUGUUUGUAUUAAUAAAGGGACACCUGCAGGGUUGUUUUGUAGUGAAAUGUUCUAAGUCUUUGUUAGUAAACACUAAAUUUUAAUUGUACUGCUUGUUUAGAGUUAUUAGCAAAUUGAAGCCUUCAUAUUUAUACUUUUCAGUGGAUAAUGCCACCUUCCUGCUUUUCUUCCGAAUAACAUGCCAAGCUAUUUUGUGUUCAUUAAAUUUAGCUAUCAGUUAAACACUUCAGUAAAUGUUAGCUACUCAAAUAUGUAGGCUUCUGGAAGACUUUUAACUGCAAGUGUAUUGUAUAGUGGUUCUAAACCAUGUUUUUCCAAAUAGAUGAAGUUAUUAAACACCACUUUAUGUAGUGAGGCAUGAUCAGAAAAAUUAAGAGCUGAGCAAGCAGUCCACCUCCUGUAUGUAGGCAAAGAUCUCCUCUAUCACUUUAGCUCUUGUUAUAAGUUGAACUAAAUGAUAAUAUCACAUAGCAUGGAGAGUUACAGAUUGCUUAAUUGGAGUAGACUUCAGGUAAUGGGGAAAGAUGGACUUGGAUACCUUUUUUUCCGAGUUGAGGUAGUACCCUACAAAUGUAGUUUAUACAUAAUCUAGAGUGUAGACUUGGUUAUCAGAAUCCCAAUGUGUUACAAUACACAGAUGGUUAAAAAUGUGGCCGAGGGGAAGGGGGAUUGUGUGAACGUCUUGACGAGAAGCAAAAGCGUGAAACUGAAGAUAUGAUAGUUAAAAAUAAUGUGUAUGAUGAGGACAUACGUUAAAUUGUAAUUCCUCUGUACAGUAAAUUACAAAUCUUUAGGGAUUUUUUGUAAUAAGAGAAUUUAUAUUUGUAAUGGUCUUAAGAUUUUGUUUGUAAUCUGGUAUGUAGAAAUUAAACUUGGAGCACUUGUAAGUAUGGUAAGAAAGACCACAGCAUCUGAAUGUUCUUGGUUUGGGUUCAGCAUUUUCUCUAGAGUUUUCCUCUCAGAUAAGUAGGCGUAUAUGAACUGAAGAGCAGCACUCACCAGUCUUGGGAAACUUAAAAUCAGAUAACGUUACUUAAAGGAGGGUGGUACAAAUUUUGAAAAUACAAAUAUUUGCCAGUUCACAAAUGUAAAAUUUAAGGCCUUUAAAGAGUAAGGUUUUUGUUUGUGUGUUUGUUUGUUUCUCCAGUUGGCUUUUGUCAACCAAAUAGUUAUAUUUACAAAUAUUUUCUAUUUGUGUAAUUGGAACAGUUUAAGAAAUUAUUACAACUGCUUACUAUAAAGCUCAUUUUUUAAGGGUUCUUUUUUGAUAUAAGCUAUAUACUUGGACAAAGUACAUUGGCAUCUAAAAUUUGAGGUGUGUUAAGACUGCUUUUUGUUUUAAAAAUGUGGUUUACAUUGAGAGUUUUGAAGUGUUUUAUGCUUCAUGCAGUGAGCUGGUUUGGCAGAGUCAGCAGCAUAAAGUGAACUUACUGUCAUUUAAAAAGAUGCUUUGAAUAAAAGUUUAUUUUAAUUUAAA